UAACUGAUACACUGCUUCUCAUCCUGAUGUGCAGUUAAAAAGUUUACAGGCAGCGGGUCUGCAAACAUGGAGAUCAUCUCAGCAGUUCGUCUGCAGAUCGGUAGCGGAACAUUUUAAAGAAAAUCGGCCCCUAGAGCUGGUUUUUAGCCAAAUAACUGUCUUACAGCCGUAAACCUAAUUGAAAACUGACCUUAAACAGGCUGCCAAGGAUCGUUGCUGGUUAAUGUUCAACUUCUGGAAGGUCUUGGUGUACCUGAAGAGGAAUUUGGAAAUGAAACUCUGCACUUAGAUUUUGAAAGCAGUCAGACGGACGGACAUGGGCAGCGGCACAAGCCGAGGGAAGAAAGUUGCACCUGCGUGUGUCAGCGAAGUGAACGUGACCAAAACAACUGGCGGUGUCACUUCACCCAAACAGGACAGCCGUCCAUUCAAGCCUCUCAAAAUCCAUGCAAUUUUGCGCAACACGCGCAACCGUGCGCAACCGGACUGCCACAGCGAGGGGCACGACUCUGACUUUUCUCGGGAGGACGAUGACAUUGAUGGAGAGAUGGACACAGUUCUUGCGGAUUACGAGGAGCGAGGGAGAGCUUCCGUGAAGACAAACCCUCCCAAGAAGACGGUCGUCAGAUCCAAAACAUACGGACUGUGCCAUUUUAGUCAGGAGGAUGAAGAGGAUUUCAGCUCAGCUCCUCGGUCCCGAGCCGAGGAGCCACGUGGCUCACAAGGUGGAUCAAGAGAUGUAAACAAGAUGAGCAAUGAUGCUUUCACAUACUCUAAAAAACGCACACCGGCGUGCCCCAGUCAGCACAGUUCCUCUCAGGGCUUUUUGACAAGAGGGGCUUUGUUGGAAGCUGUUCCCACAUCAGAAAAACAAUUGACUUUUGGCAGCUGCCAUAGCUCCUGUCUCCCCAUGCCAGUCACCAUGUACGAUGGGUCAGAAGAAGAGCUGAUGGACACUAUUGAGAAAGAGUUUAGUUGACCCCUAGCUGAGAGUGCUGCAGCAAAGCUGUCCUCAUGGCACACAGCAGUUUGCAGAGGACAUUUAAAAAAAAAAAAAAAAAAAAAAAAAAAAGGGAAGCAGGGUUACUUUUGACAAUUUCCUGCCACUAAGGAAGGCUACAUUCACUGUAAUUAAGCAGAAUUUUCAGGAUACAUUUAACAUGGUUUGUGUUGAACUUAAACUGUUGCAAUUCAAGCCUUUGCAUUUACCCAAGUCUUAUUUAACUACAUGAAGCAGUGUAAUCGCAGAGUUAUAACACCAACUUGAACGGGUGCCAGGAGGUUCUCCUCACAGAUCAGGUCA